UAUCGGACAGUACUUCUGGAUCCAUCCAACGCGACGCUCCUGGGCUUGGCUGGUUAUCGGUUCGUUCUACGACAACAAGAACCGCGAACUAUACCGCAUCCAGAUCAUUCUCGGGUGUCGAGAUAUUACGCUCCCUGACUCGAUUGAAUCAUCAGAGCCUGACACACCUCACACAACUAUUGUUGAUAGCAACGAAAACAACGGCAACGGUAACGGUAACAGCAACGACAACGACGUUGUAGCGCAUCACACUAGCACCAACAACGAGUCAGAAGACGGGAGUGAUACUGAACAUCGAAGAGAGGCCCCUACAUACACCUCCAAUCACCAAUUCCCCUUUCCCAUCAACAAUCCCCAGCGUUUCCUAGUCUAUCCACCAAGGAUGGCAACCCAAACGUUCGGAGAGGGUUGGAACCCGCAGUUUGGUGUGGACCCAAACGCAAACCCCCGACGACUAGUCGGACCUACCUUUGCCGGCGCCUCUAACAACGCCGGCUACUUUAUGAACCGUGGCCCCUUCGCUCAACCGGCUAGCGGCACCAUUCCCGGACCCAAUAACCAAGGACCGGUAUACGUAAUCCCCCAGAACGGGUACAAUCACCCCGUCCCAAUGUUUCCUGGCCAGGAGAAUCGCUUACCAAACCCCCAUCCCGUUGUCAACAUGGAUGCACCAUCCUUGAACUUGACUAAUUCCACCGGUGGUGUUGGUUGCGAACCCGGCUACAAUUAUUUCUUCCCGCCCGAACAUACCAAGCUCCACGUAAUCAAGUCGUCAACUGCGCCCUGGCGACUUCCGGAGGGCAUGUCGAUGCACUUUGGUGCAUAUCAUGUCCCCGUAAAUACCACUUUGGCCGAGCUGCUAGUAGGGUUCGGCGCUGUUAAUCCCUGCCCAAAGAAGAACAGAAUCACUGAGGUGAUCCAGGGGGGUAACGGCAAGUGGUACAGAGGCGUUACCUUUUCGGGCGAUAAGGAGACUACGAUGAGCCAGACGCUCAGAGACAUGGGCUGGGACCGCACUCGAACUGGUCGGCCGGGAGAGAAGCCGGUGAUCUGGCUAUGGAUCACGAAGGAUUAGAAUUGGUAUGCCGGUUAUGGGCUAGUUAUGGGCUAGUAUGGUAUGCUGCGAUUAGGCAGCAAAAUACAUGGGUAUGAUUGGUCGCGCAUUGUUUUCUCGUUCGGCUUUGUUUGAUACCCUAUAGACUGCGGGGUUUCGUGCUUUGACCCAUGAUGCUCAGACAAGGGCGUAGGACUGCACAGUCUAUAGGUAGGUACCUACCUAGUUAAGAUACCCAUAGUUUUAUUUUACGCUGCAUUCCAGGUAAAUUCUAUUAAUUUAUUCGUACGUGGAA